CGCCGGGCUGUCCCCGGGCUCCGACUCGGACAGCAGCGGCGUGGUGUGCGGCGGCCGCGGGGGCGCCGGGGGCAUGCGCGGCGCCCUGCCCCGCUCCUGGAGCCUGGAGAGCCUGCGCUCGGCCACCCCCGCUAUCCCUGAUGGAGUUCUGGACACAGCCAUCCGUGCUGAUGAGGCGGGGAGUGAGGAGGACCUGUAUGAAGACAUGCACAGCUCCAGUCACCACUACAGCCACCCCGGAGGGGGUGGUGAGCAGCUGGCCAUCAAUGAGCUCAUCAGUGAUGGCAGUGUGGUCUGUGCUGAAGCACUCUGGGACCAUGUCACCAUGGAUGACCAGGAACUGGGCUUCAAAGCUGGGGAUGUCAUCGAAGUAAUGGAUGCCACCAACAGAGAGUGGUGGUGGGGUCGUGUUGCCGACGGCGAGGGCUGGUUUCCAGCCAGCUUUGUGAGGCUGAGGGUGAACCAGGACGAGCCCGCGGACGACGCGGCUGUGCGGGCCGGGGACGGCGGGGCCGAGGACAGAGGGGCCGAGGCGCAGAGCAGCAGGGACCAGAUGCGGACCAACGUCAUCAACGAGAUCCUCAGCACCGAGCGGGACUACAUCAAGCACCUGCGGGACAUUUGCGAGGGCUACAUCAGGCAGUGUCGCAAGCGCGCCGACAUGUUCAGUGAGGAGCAGCUGCGCACCAUCUUUGGGAACAUCGAGGACAUCUACCGCUGCCAGAAGGCCUUCGUGAAAGCACUGGAGCAGAGGUUCAACCGGGAGCGUCCACACCUGAGCGAGCUGGGCGCCUGCUUCCUGGAGCACCAAGCGGAUUUCCAGAUCUACUCUGAGUACUGCAACAACCACCCCAAUGCCUGUGUGGAGCUGUCCCGGCUCACCAAGCUCAGCAAGUACGUAUACUUCUUUGAGGCCUGCCGGCUGCUGCAGAAGAUGAUAGACAUCUCACUGGACGGCUUCUUGCUAACACCAGUGCAGAAGAUCUGCAAGUACCCUCUGCAGCUGGCCGAGCUACUCAAGUACACGCCCCCCCAGCACAGGGAUUUCAAGGAUGUGGAAGCAGCCUUACAUGCCAUGAAGAAUGUGGCCCAGCUCAUUAAUGAACGGAAACGGAGGCUUGAAAACAUCGACAAGAUUGCUCAGUGGCAGAGCUCCAUAGAGGACUGGGAGGGGGAAGAUCUCCUGGUCAGGAGCUCAGAACUCAUCUACUCGGGGGAGCUGACUCGUGUUACACAGCCACAAGCCAAGAGCCAGCAGAGGAUGUUUUUUCUCUUUGACCACCAGCUCAUCUACUGCAAGAAGGACCUUCUCCGCCGGGAUGUGCUGUACUAUAAGGGCCGAGUGGACAUGGAUGGCCUGGAGGUGGUGGAUCUGGAAGAUGGGAAAGACAGAGACCUCCACGUGAGUGUCAAGAAUGCUUUCCGGCUGCUCUGCGGCACCACAGGAGAGAGUCACCUGCUGUGUGCCAGGAAGCCUGAGCAGAAACAGCGCUGGCUCAAGGCCUUCGCCAGGGAGAGGGAACAAGUGCAGCUGGACCAGGAGACAGGCUUCUCUAUCACCGAGCUGCAGAGAAAGCAAGCCAUGCUGAAUGCCAGCAAGCAGCAGGCCACUGGGAAGCCCAAAGCCCUCAGCCGGCCCUACUACCUGACACGCCAGAAGCACCCGGCACUACCCACCAGCCUGCCCCAGCAACAGGUCUUAGUACUGGCAGAACCCAAGCGGAAGCCUUCUACUUUCUGGCACAGCAUCAGCCGGCUGGCACCCUUCCGCAAGUGAGCCAGCUUCCCAUCUGGCAGCACUCUUGGGACCUGGCCCGGCAGUGGGCCUCCAGCCUUUUCCCCUGAGGCCCAGCGCAUGUGGCCUCCUCUGCCUCACGCACACUGGAAGCUACAGACUGAGUGAGAGAGCUGCUUGGCCCCCCAUUUGUGGGUUCUUCCCUACUACUGGUGCACAGAAGACACCAGCUGGAGGGGCAGGGGCCCACAGCAGUGAGCCUCCCACUGCCCCCUGGACUUCUAUGGGGCCUCCUGGGAGGCACAGUGCAGAGCCCCCGGCCAGGGCAAUGUGUGUGAGAAGACUGGCCGCUCUGAACCCUCUUCUCUGGACAUUUAAUCAUCCCUCCUCCUCUUUUCUCUGGGCAGGAAACCAUCUGCCUUUAGCCUCUGCAAAAUUGGGCUCUGUACACCUCUGCCCUCCAAAUGCCCCUCAGGCCCCCAGUCCCCCAGCUGCUGGUGCCAGGCAACUUGCAUCACUGGAGGGUGGGAAGUAGAAUUCUGUGCACAAAAAUGUCCAGCCCAGAGCCUACUCAUUUCUGCCUCCCAGCCCCUCUAGACACCCCUGGCUGCUGGACACCCUCCUCGUGAUGUGUUUGUUUAUAGUGGAGAGAAAACAAAACCAUAGUCACUGCAUACAUCUGUCAGGGUUCGUGACCAGUCCACAUAUAGCUGUGGGUUGACUCCAGAACCUGGUCCUUUUUUUUUUGGUUUGGAUUGUGUGGUUUUUCUAACAAUGGGGAAAAGAAUUGUUAUUAGUGACACAGAAAGAUUGCCUUACCCUAAGUGAGUGUGAGAAGCCAUAAGGACUGAAUUCUGUGGCCCAGCACCCAGGAUUGACCCACCAACCCAGAGGCCGGUGGUCAUGUGAGUUAAAGAGAAGCCCACAUCCCAAUGAGAAGGGUUACCCAUAGUACAACCAGAACCUGAGCUGUCUCUUGCCCACGGGGAUUCAGAAGCAUGUACAGUCAACUCUUGCACUAUACCUUCUCCAAGCCAGAAACCACAUUUAAUUUCAUAAAAAACUUAUGAAAAAUUA